AUGGAUCGCAACGAGGGAGUACAGGCCGCAAUACUGCAGGACUUGUUCAGUUCGAAAUUGGCAAUCCAUGACCAUGGGGAAGGCAGCAGCGCACCAUCGAGAGCUGAGGAACCCGAGCCGGUGUCGCAAGACGACGAUGAAACCGAAGAUGGCCUCGCAGAACUUCUUCAACUCAUCAACGGCAUCAAGCUUCUACCAUCCUCAUCCAAGAUCGAUUAUGCGGUUCCUGGGCUGUUCAACAGCAUUAACAGCCACCCCAUCGCUACAGGAACCUUCUUCCAAGUCCGGAAGCUAGACCAACCCAACCACAAUAGGCAAAUGGUGGCCAAAUACCCUAGGCUUGAUCCGGCGCGCAAAGGCGGAGGGAUCUCCCGCGAGAAUCUGCAGGCGAUUAAGCUGGAGAUCCAGGCACUCUCUCAUCCGCCGAUUCUUGAUCAUCCGAACAUCAUUGACCUACUAGGUUUCUCAUGGGCUAGGUUAAGUGCUGUCGAAGGGCGCUAUCAGAUCGUUCCCGUUUUGCUCCUCGAGUUUGCAUCCCACGGCACUCUACGCGAGUACUUGUCCGACAAUAACACUACCCCAUUGGAACGGCUCCGGCUCGGAAAAGGCCUCGGUGAGGGGCUCAGCACACUACACCACUCUGGGAUAGUUCACGGGGACUUGAAGUUAGACAACGCCCUGGUCUUCGACCGUCCGGACGGCUCUGUCGUCGCGAAGCUAGCGGAUUUCGGCUCUACUGUCCAACUUAUUGAGGGCGGGUACCACUAUAGGGGGGGAACUCCGCCCUGGACUGCUCCGGAAUGGCGCAAGAGCAUUGAGCCAUGGGAGCAACAUGCAGCAGAUGUGUAUUCAUUCGGCCUCUUGAUCUGGACACUGUGCCUUGAAGGCCGGAGCCCGUUUCCUGGUUUAACCCCUGGCGAAAUCGAGGCUCGAAAGAUAGGUGAUGUGAUUGAAAGCGAGGCGGCCAAGUCCGUUGCCGAUCACUACGACUUCUACAGACAUAUGGUGGAGUGUACAAGUGAGCUUGAAGAGUUUGAACUGUACCUUGCAUCAGUUAUCUGUCCACGAAGAGCAUUUAGCCACACAUUGAAGUUCGACCCCAUGAGACGGAAUCUAGAUUCGGCCUUGAGCGCUUUGUCCGUGGAGGAUUUCUAUAGUUCACAGAAGACCGGAGACAUACCUGGGGAUCGUGGACGAAGAAAUUUGUUGCACGAAUUUAGAGGCGCUAACGCGUAUACAAUGCUCUCCGACAUGCCACAACAAGUACGCCAAGUUCUGUUUGGACGUUUCGUCACAUCGAUCGAGAGAGAUCGAAUAUCCAAGCUCGAAAAGUCCCAGCUCUGCUUCCAGCUCGCGUUGUCCCAUCUUGAUGGGUUCUCAGACCACCCAAGCUUAUCUACCGCACUGCCUUGGCUUGAGAAGGCAGCCGAGCUAGGCUCUGAAGCGGCUCGCGGUGUUAUAUACCGCAUCUUCUGCGGAGCUGGACAGUUGAAACUUCGGCAGGAUCCUGGCCGCAUACGAGAGUACCUGAUCUCCGCGACGGCUGCAGGAUCUAGGAUCGCGCGGCAAGACCUUCUGGAACUGGAGCCGGAGGCUGCUCAAACUGCAAUGGAUGACUUCAGAGAACGCUUCUAUCCAGAAAGUAUGGGUCCUAAAGGAGCUAAGCUUGGUAAAGAGGUCAUCGAAGCCAUUAUCAGCCCUCGAUGGCAGCAAGGACUUACACCGUCACAAAGGGCAAUAUUGCAGGGACAGCGGCAGCGAAUGUACCUUAACCAGAAACUUGGCAGUCUCCUUCAUUUCGCGAGUGCGUACGGUGUUAACUUGGACAGCUUUGAGAAAUUUCUGGACUUGGAAAAGCCAGAUAUCGACGCAAAAGACAAGGAUGGGAAUACGCCGCUGUUGAUGGCAAUGCGCUCUGGAUAUGGCUAUCACGCUCAGGUACUCCUGCACCACGGUGCCAACCCCAGGAUAUCAAAUCAACAUGGGCAGACUCCUUGCCAUUGGGCCAUCCAUGUAUAUGACCAGAAGUUGCUGGAAAAACUACUUCGCAUCAUGGUUAGCAAGGGAGCAGACCUCGAGGGCAUUGCGAAGCGAUCAGACACUGGCGACGGCCGCGUUUAUAGGCAGGAGCAGUACCAAGGGACGCCACUCUGCUGGGCCAUCAUUGAGGGAAGAGAAGAUCUUGUCUCGAUGCUCUUAAGAAACGGGGCGAACCCGACCACUCCGGGAGAGUAUAUGAGCCCCUUCGACCUGGCCGUUGCGUACAAUUCAUGGCGGGUUAUCAAGCUCCUCUUGGAAUACGCUGAAGGCCCGAUCACGUCUCGGAUCGCUGGACCGACGCGAAGCGUGAAUCUUGACGGCGCAAAGAAGAAGAUCACGGAGGACUGGGUGUCUUUCGCAAUGUUCGGGUUUCCUCACCAUUACCACAUGAUUCUCCACGGACCAUCGUAUAGAGACGCUCUCAAGUAUACUCUGGUUCAAUUAAGGAGAGCCGGGCUCAUCCGUGGCGAUUUACACAAGCCUCUGAGAAAAGCCCUGCAAAGUGGACAAGGACAGCUCGUGGACGAUCUAUUGUGGUAUCAAAGCUGCAGAAUGAGGGAGGUAUCAUCCUGGGAUCUCGCCGAAAUGUUCAUUUCGGAAGCUUCGUAUAUAAGCCCGGACGCGGCGGCGAUUUUGCUGGACAGAAUUGCUGAUAACAUAGGAAGCUGCCCCUUGCCGGACAUGACACCCCUUCUCUUCACAUACCCCUUAUCCCAUCGCGCUGAUGUCGGUAUAUUCAGGAGACUGCUGGACCUAAUCAACCCCGAUUCUGUGGAUAUCACCGACGAGAAUGGUGUCAUGUCCUACCGACACCUCACCCCUUUUAUGCUGGCAGUCCUAGGCGGCGCCUUCGAAUUCGCCACGGAACUCCUGAAGAGAGGAGCAGAUCCAAACUUCAAGACUCUACCAGCAAACUCUACCUCGGCAACUUCAUCUGUAGUAAACAUCCUUCACCUCUUAAUAUGCGUAAAUGAGGACACCUCCUUAGCAGCGCUCCAGUAUCUACUUGAGCCCCAGCACCCUUUCCACGACCGCAAACCGGACUUCGUGAUAUGCGAAGAGUCAGGCUUAACAGCGCUGACGUACGCGGCAAGGUGGGGAAACCGCCUUUUGUUCGACUAUCUUUCCAACCAUUUCGAUUCUGGAGACGCGGUGGACAUGCGAGGGCGCCACCGGGGAGAAACAGCGCUACACGUUGCCGCUCUUCACGGUAAUUACGACGUCGUCGUGGCGUUGGUCGGCCGAGGGGCGAAGGUGAACGUUCUAGUCAGGUCAGACGACGGGAAGCUCAAGUCACCACUGGACUGUUGCUACAACGUAGGCGUUUACGACACGAAUGUGCCGCGCACAAGUCGACACUGGGAAGAUCUAUGGAUCGCCAGGCUCCGAGCUGCCAAGUUUCUCGCGGCGAGGGGGGGCCGAAUGCUGAUCAAGCAUUCCAUGCCCAUCGCAUUCCGCUUCUUGCUUCACGCAUGCUCGGGGAACUGGUCUAGACUGUUCGAAGAAGCACUGGAGCAAAUUCCGGAAGAACUCAAGUCUGAGGCAUACUUGAACGCUUUGCUCUUUAGGGCGGCUAAGGAGGGCAGCGAGGACGUCGUGGGCCUCUUGCUCGAUGCCGGAGCGCACAUCAACACCCAGUCGGCGACGGGACAGACGCCGCUUCAUCGGGCGGCAUUGCGUGGUCACAUGUACACCGCGAAAGUCCUUGUGCAGCGCGGCGCUGAUCUAGCGCUUCGCGACAACAAGGGCCGGACUGCGGCUAUCCAGGCUUUUACGCAGAAGCACGAAGGUCUCGUCGAGUAUCUCAUGUCUCAGGGAUCGCCUAAAGACUUUCCGCAAAUGGUCGUCGUGCCGUUUACGGCAGAGCUCGGAGACGACCGGACAAAUACCACUUGGGAAGAGACCUUCACGGCCACUAUAUGCCUCUUAAACUGGCCCGGAACUGAUGGCGGCGAGGAGGAAGCGGCGGGGCUCAGCUCCUGGGUCGUGAGGAUACACCGGGAUGCUGGGGACGGGGUCUCGGAUGAUUUGUCCCAGGACCCGGAGAAUUGGAACCGCGAAUUCGCGUCCUUGACUGGCAGGAGAGGCGAAGGGUUUUAUGCUGCUUGGAGGGCAGCGCAGAUCCAAGCUGAUGCGUCUUAA